AUGGUUCAUGUCGAAGAAAGCUUGCAGAUACCCCGGGACUUUGAGGGUUUCGGCGAGGAGGGCUUCGAUCCAAAAUGGCCAGAUGGUGCCCGUAUCGCGGUUUCUUUCGUCCUCAACUAUGAGGAAGGCGGAGAACGAAGCACAUUGGACGGAGACCCUUUCUCAGAACCUUACUUAUGGGAGAAAGGCGCAUCCGGUGGCUGCAAAGAAGGCGCCAGGUACCUCAAUGCUGAGCAAGACUUUGAGUAUGGCAGUCGCUCAGCCUCUUGGCGUCUUAUCCGUCUCUUCAAAGAGUUUGGCUGGAGCUUCACUACUUACGCUGUAGCGCACGCGCUCAAGCGCAACCCGACCUUUGCAAAGGCGCUGGUCCGAGACGGGCACGAAAUCGCUUGUCACGGACUCAGAUGGCUGGAUAUCUGGAACUAUUCACUCGAGGAGGACAAGGAAUACAUCAAACAGAACAUCCUGAUGCUGAAGGAAGUAUCAGGUGAGAUGCCCGUCGGCGCUUACUUUGGCCGUGGUACACCCAAUACCCCCUCGCUAUUCCCGGAAGUAUGGAAGAGUCUUGGAGGAGAGUUUCUCUGGUCUUCUGAAUGCUACAACGAUGAUGUUCCUUACUGGCUCGACUUGCCAUGGGAGAAGGAGUUGCCAGAGGAGAAGCGAGAAGGCAUGCUGCUUAUCCCUUACAAUUAUGAUUGCAACGAUGGAAAAUUUCACAUGUCGCCCGGCUUUGGCAGCUCUGUUGCGGAGACGUAUGAGCAGUAUUUGAAGAACACCUUUGAUUGCUUGUACAGAGAGGGCGGCAAGCUGAUGAACAUUCCAUUGCAUACACGUAUCAUUGGCAAACCAGGCAGAUCGGAGGCUUUGAGAAAGUUCAUGAAUCCCAACAAUCAACUGCGCUCAGGCGGCAUCGGCAAAUUUGAGGAGGAUCCGACAACACAACAAACCUUGGCAUUGAAGGACGGGCAUGACGUCCGAAACUCAGAACUCGGCAUCACCGCCCCUGGCCACGCCCGGGGCUGUAGCUGUGAACCCCCGGAAGAGGGGCAGGACUGCAUGUACGAGAUGCAAAAGUCAUACACACGAGCUCUCGAAGAGCGAGUAGCUUUCUUGGAGAACAAGCUAGCCCAAGUCCCUACCCCAGAAGCAACCACAACUCCAAGGGAAACCGCAAGCAACUACUCAGUUCCAUCGGGUAGAGACAAAAAUGCGCUCAGUGACGUUGUAGCACACGUCUCGCUAGGAAACUUUGAGGCGCCGGCUUAUGUUGGACCCUCGUCUGGACUAUCCCUAGCCCUGAAUCUUGGCGAGAUGGUUCAAGCGACUGUCUGGAAUAAGAUGUUGCCAGACAUACAGGAUGGCACUACAGGCAAUCAAGCUAACUGUAUCAAUCCCAGUCCGAGAUGCAUCACAGUGGAAGAUCUUUUGGCUCAUAGUGUCAAGGAACCUCCAAGUGAUGAGCAGGGUUCUCAAAUGCUCAAAGCGUACACGUCUCAGCUGCACUCCAAGUACCCUUUCCUGGAGCCUGAGGAGUUGUGGAAGUUGCAUAGCGAGAGAAUGACUCUGGCUGCUAAACCAACACAAACUCUUACAAGGAUUGAACGCUUCGGUAUCUUCAAGUUUGUUAUCUCCAGAGUGUCGCUGGGUCGGCCUUUAAGCAUCGCAGAUAACCAGAUCGACGUUGAGCUUCCGAAUACCAUCAUCAACGGGAGCCCAUCUGCUUCGGUCCUUGUCGGGAACGACAUCACUCUGGCACUUGUUCUUUUUAAGCUUCGCAGGAUCGAGUCCAAGAUUCAUCACUCGGUCUAUCACUACGGCCACAGCUUCAUCGCAGUCCAAACAGUCUUUGUUGCAGGAGUCACUCUCGUGUAUGGAAUCUGGACCCAGGGUAAUGCCCUUUGGUCGGUGGCUGUGUCAAACGAUAUCAGAGCUUGCUCCCUAGUGCUCUUCGUCAUGAGCGAGAGGGCUCCCUGGGUACGUAAGUACCGAGACGCAUUCGAGGUGCUUGUCAAUGCAGCCAUGGAAAAGCUUCAGGACAACGAGGCUGGCCUUGCUGAGAUGGCCUCGGCCCAAAUGAGAGCCGGCAAAGCACCGGGUGCGGCUGAUAGCCGUGGAGUACAAAAUCCUGACCUCAGUGGGAACGAGACCACGACGCGUCCGAUUGAUAGCACUUAUAAUCAAUUCUUGAUGUCUGAAGACGGUGGAAUAGCGCUUGGGGAGUUUGAGGGCGCUUGGCCGAUGGUUGCAGAGCUUGCAAAUUGGAUCGAUCAGGACACAGAAGGUGCAAGUCCUGUCUGGAUGCCGAAUUUUGAGUUACUACAGAGUCUUUCAGGCACUUGGAACGAAUAG